AUGAGUGGUGGACAUUGUCUGCUUCCAAUGAAUGUGAUCGGCGUCUUCCUCGAUCAUUUGCAUAGAGACCAGAUUGGAAUCACAGACGAAGCAAGCGGUGUCAGCGACUUCCGUGGGGGCGACGGUUGCAAUGAACUUUUUGGGACACUGAACGGCGUGAAGGAUUGUGUGAGGGCCGUCGAGGGGAUGCUCAUCGUCGUUGCUGUAGACGGGCACUUCUUGACCGCCUGGAAAUGA